AGGUCAGCUCUGAGACAACAUGAAGAGUAUAAAAGAGAAAAUUCUAGAAUCCUAGACACAGUCCUACUUGGUACUCGUCUAGCAAACCUUCUCUAAUCAUGAAGAUGUUCGUAGUUCUCGCUCUGGCUGCUGCCGUGGUGGCUGAGCCUGAAGCCGAUCCCCAGUAUCUUCAAGCUCCCCUUUCCUUUCAUUCUGCUUACAACACUGCUCCUGUUGCUGUAUCUAGCUACAGGCCUGUAGCUGCUCCAAUUACCACUUAUUCAACAGUUGCUGCACCAGUGUCCACCUACCAAACUGUUGCUGCACCAGUGUCCACCUACCAAACUGUUGCUGCACCAGUGUCCACCUACCAAACUGUUGCUGCACCAGUGUCUACCUACCAAACUGUUGCUGCACCAGUGUCUACCUACCAAACUGUUGCUACUCCAGUGUCCACCUAUUCUGCCUACCAGAAGAUUGUGAGCCCCGUGGCAACUUACUCUGCCUCCCCUGUCUCUACCUAUGCCAAUAACCUUGUUGCUUCUCCCUUUUAUGGUUACUCAGGAGUAUCUGCUCCCGUAGCCUACUCUGGUGCUGCUGGAACCCAGACUACUCUGACUAGCUACAACAACCCAGAGCAGUACACUGCUAUCAAUACUGGUGUAUAUGGAACUAAGUAUAUAGCCAAGAAUGGAGCUGUUGAGCAUGUUGUAAAGCGUGAAGCUGAUUCUGAUGCUAAUCUUUACUACUCUGCUCCAACUUCUACUUACUCUGCCAUCCCUUCAACCUACUCUGCUAUCCCAGAAACAUAUGCUUCUGUUAAAUACUCAGCAAUCCCCUCCACCUACUCUUCUAUCCCCUCUGCUUACUCUGCUAUUCCCUCCAUCUACUCUGCUAUCCCCUCCACCUAUUCUGCUAUCCCCUCCACCUACUCUGCUAUCCCCUCUGCUUAUUCUGCUAUCCCCACCACCUAUUCUGCUAUCCCCUCUGCUUAUUCCGGUGCUGUUGCAUACAAGGCUGACCAUGCAAUUGCUUCUACUCCCUAUGGAUACACCCACUCUGCCAAUGUUGGAAUCUGUACUAAUGUCAACGGAGUUCAAGUUGCCUGUUAACAAUGUUGACUAGUACCGAUGGUACUGAAGUCAGAAGUUUAUAGAACUUGUAUCUAUUGGAUUCUAAAGAAUAAAUGAUAAAAGCAAAAAGACCAGA